UAUUGUGUUAUAUUUUGUACGCGAUUUCACACUUACCUUCAUUUCUUUCAUUUUGGUUCUUCAAAAACGAAAAUCUCUGUUUCGAUCUUCGAAAGCCCCAAAACCCAGAAAAUCAGAUUAACAAUUUUAUCGAAUUAGUGUGUGAAAUAUCUUGGUUCAAUUUUGUUAUUGUAGAAAUUAAAAAGAGCUUUUUUUGUGAAAAAAAUGGCUCAAGCUGUUGAAGAAUGGUACAAGCAGAUGCCCAUCAUCACCCGCUCUUAUCUCACAGCUGCCGUAGUCACCACUAUUGGUUGCUCUCUCGAAAUAAUAUCACCUUAUCAUCUGUACUUGAACCCCAAGCUCGUGGUUAAGCAGUAUCAAUUCUGGCGCCUCAUUACUAACUUCCUGUACUUCCGCAAGAUGGAUUUGGAUUUCAUGUUUCACAUGUUCUUUCUUGCUCGGUACUGCAAGCUUCUUGAAGAGAAUUCUUUUAGGGGGAGGACUGCGGAUUUUUUUUACAUGCUCUUAUUUGGAGCUUCCGUCUUAACUGGCAUCGUUCUUAUUGGAGGAAUGAUACCUUAUCUGUCAGAGUCAUUUGCCAAAAUCAUAUUUCUAAGCAAUUCAUUGACAUUCAUGAUGGUUUAUGUGUGGAGCAAGCAGAAUCCUUUUAUACACAUGAGUUUUCUGGGUCUUUUUACCUUUACAGCAGCUUACUUGCCCUGGGUGCUUUUGGGAUUCUCUGUCCUUGUUGGUGCUAGUGCUUGGGUGGAUCUCCUGGGAAUGAUAGCUGGUCACGCAUAUUAUUUUCUCGAAGACGUAUAUCCGCGAAUGACUGGUCGCCGACCCCUAAAAACUCCAUCCUUUAUUAAAGCGCUGUUUGCAGAUGAGGCUGUAGUGGUAGCACGGCCAGCAAAUGUGAGAUUUGCUCCACCACCCGCAGAGGAACUUCACAGAGAUUAAUCUGUCGUGCUGAAACUAGACCAAUGGAGGGUACCUUCGGUUGAAUUGACCAUGCUUGGACAUAGCAAAGGCCCAAAAAAUUGUGGUUGGCCAUUUCUUGAAAAUGUUCAAGCUUACAUGCUAAUCAUGAACUAUAUAUCUUCGUUGCAUUAGAGGUUAGCUGUGUACAUCUGAUGUUGCUGCUGCUACAGCUAUUUGGGGAUGGAAUUUUAUAACUUACCACCUAAUUAAGUGCUUUUGGAUGGAAUUCU